AGAGGGGAAUAUGCAGUCAUUCCUUAUGUAUUUUGAAAAGGUUGGAACAGAAUCUAGGUAGCCAAUAAAAGUUUUGUCGAGCUCGAGAGCAUACCUUAUCUAGAGCAGAGGAAGGAGAGAUAUAACUAUAGUGAAGAUUCAUCUCAGAUUCCUCUCCAAACAAAGAGACUUUAGCUCUUCUUCUUCUUCCAGAAUCCUUCAUUUUUAUCGAAGAAGAGAUAAUAAAAAAAAAAACGAAAUCAAGAUCAUGGUAUCAUGCCGGGCACUGACGGUGACAAUGGCGUUGAUGGUGGUCACAGUGGGGUGCAAUUUCGUUAAAGGGUAUCCGGAAGAAGAUCUGGUGGUGAGGCUUCCUGGUCAACCAAAGGUAGAAUUCCGACAAUAUGCUGGAUAUGUCAAUGUGGACUCCAAGAAUGGUAGGAGUCUCUUCUACUACUUUGUUGAAGCCGACAAACAACCCGACACCAAACCCUUAACCCUUUGGCUUAACGGAGGCCCAGGUUGUUCUUCAGUUGGUGGAGGAGCUUUCACUGAGUUGGGUCCUUUUUACCCAACUGGUGAUGGCCGUGGCCUCCGCAUCAACUCCAUGUCCUGGAACAAAGCCUCAAACCUUCUUUUUGUGGAGUCUCCGGCCGGUGUAGGAUGGUCUUACUCCAACACAAGCUCUGAUUACAACACCGGAGACGAAACUACUGCAAGCGAUAUGGUUGUCUUCUUGUUGAGAUGGUUCAACAAGUUCCCAGAGUUGAAAUCUCGUGACUUCUUCCUCACUGGGGAAAGCUACGCAGGACAUUACAUACCGCAACUGGCAGAUGCUAUACUCAGCUACAAUAUACACUCACGUGGGUAUAAGUUCAAUGUCAAAGGCAUUGCGAUUGGGAAUCCACUUCUGGAGCUUGGGAUGGACACUUCAGCCACGUACGAUUUCUUCUGGUCGCAUGGGAUGAUAUCUGAUGAAACGAGAGGCACAAUCACAACCCACUGUGAUUUUUCCAAUCUCCAUAACAUGAGCAAGGUCUGUAAUGAUGCCCUCAAGGAAGCCGACACUAUCAAUGAAUACGUCAACAACUACGACGUUCUCCUCGACGUAUGCUACCCUUCUAUUGUCCAGCAAGAGCUGAGACUCAAGCAAAUGGCUACUAAGAUUAGCAUGGGGGUGGAUGUUUGUAUGACUUACGAGAGAAAGUUCUAUUUCAAUCUCCCUGAGGUCCAACAAGCUCUUCACGCCAACCGCACUCGUUUACCCUACCAAUGGUCUAUGUGCAGCAGCCUGGUGAAUUACAGAGACACCGACGCGAGCAUCAGCAUGCUUCCGAUUCUUAAGAGAAUUAUACAGAACAAAACUCCUGUUUGGAUCUUCAGUGGAGAUCAAGAUGCUGUUGUUCCACUUCUUGGUUCAAGAACUCUCGUACGAGAACUUGCUCAUCAUCUCAACUUCAAGACCACACUUCCCUAUAGACCCUGGUUCCACAAAGAUCAGGUUGGUGGCUGGGUCACCGAGUAUGGAAAGCUAUUGACGUUUGCAACGGUGAGAGGGGCGGCUCAUAUGGUGCCGUAUGCGCAGCCUUCACGAGCUCUGCAUAUGUUCAGUAGCUUUGUGCAUGGCCGGAGACUGCCCAACAACACACAUUACUCUCCCGAUGAAUGAAAGAGAAGAGAUAUCUAAUAUUAGAUGAGGCAGUUAUGAUUAGUAUCAAUUAGCUUGAAGUAUUCUGUUUCUGCUUGCUCGCUGUGGAAUGAUCUAGAAGUAACGUGACUAAGAUACAUUUACAAGGGAAACUAUAAGGUUUCACACUCAUACUUUUACUGCUUUCCAGGUUACUUGGGCUGAAUUUGAGAGGUUAAUGAUCUGAAUGGUUUCUUUGGGCUGAUUGGAGAGAUUGUGAUCUGUUAGUAAUGGUCUUUCAUGACAGUCGAUUGCAUAAUGCCAAAUUCAUUAGCAACCGUAGAGCUAAGCUUCCCACUGGAUCUACUGCAAUAGUUGACUAGAUAGGCUGUGUUCAUCUUUACCUAACACUUUCAGUUCACAAGGUUUCUCUAUAUUCCAACUUUCCCAUUCAAUCUUCUGACUUCUGAGUAUAGGUCGCUUUGCUGAUCUUAAGCUAUAAAGCUAAUGAAACUGCAAAAACAAAUAUAUAUUGUGUAAUUUCAUCUCUUGUUGAACUCCAAAAAUAGCACUACUUUAUCAAAUUUGGUAUUUUGUUAA